AUCAUAUACAAAACAAAAAUGGAUAAAUUAUCACUUGAAUUAUUACAGUUGAUAAUGACUCUUUUAUCUCAGCGACAACUAGCAACAUGUUCCUUAGUAUGUCGUUCAUGGUAUACUGCAACAAGAAUUCCACUUUAUCGUUCCAUUCAAUUUUAUACAAUUGAUCAAGUCAACUCUUUUCUUCAAUUUUCAUUAUCAUCAUCAAUGAUGACAGUGACAACUCCUUUAUUGGAAAACAUGAUGAUGUUCUCAAAAGGUUAUCUCGUACGACGGAUCACAUUUUAUAUGCGCAUCAAUGACCACUCUCGUUGGCAAAUAAUACAGCAACAAUGCCCAUACGUAGAAUCCAUUGAUGUAAUACCAGAAAAUAAUCAACGUGGGUAUGGGAUUUGUUGUCAUCGAAGUCGACAUCCACUUGUCGCGCAAUGGAAGCACCUGACACGUCUACCAGUGUGGCAUAGUGAUUCAUACCAACUAUGGAAAGAAUAUUUACCACAACUAAUUCAUCUAGGAAUGGAUAUGAAUUUUUAUGAAGAACUCUUGCAAUAUACCACCACCAUCGCUACCAAAAUACUUUGUCUUCCUUUUAUGCCUUGUUUACAAGAACUUGAUUUGUACGCAUCCAAUCAUUUCUUUCAUAUCGAUGAACAUACACUUGAAGCCAUCCAUCACGCCUGUCCCUCACUUCGAUCGUUAUCAUUGACCAGCUUCCAAUUGCAUUACAACAACAACAACAACAAUAGUAAUAAUACCAAUGAUUCAAUCAUGAAGGAAAACGUAUAUGAACCGGCGCUUUAUAUGACAAAGUUGCGUCUUAUUCUUGUUUCGAUUCAUCAUGUUGAAUGUUACAGUUAUCUUGGUCUCAAAUAUCCCGGUUUAACAACGCUAGAAAUAGAAGAACUUUGUAUUGGAAAUGGAUCAUCAUCACCAUCUUUAUAUAAUGAAACGGAAGAAGAACAUCGAAAGGCACUUUUCCAAUGGAUCACUUGCUCCUUGACUCAACUUGUCGAUUUACGGGUCGAGCUUCAUGAACAAUUAGAUGAUCAAUUACAGCCCCCUGCUUGUUCCCUAUGGCCCUAUCUCCAAUGGCAAAAAUGGUACAGUCUUGACCAUCUCACGUCUCUUACUAUGACUGUAUUGGAUUCAUGGGAUCGUUUGGAUCAACUGUCACUGUUUACCACAUCAUCAUCAUUAUCAUCAUCCAUGAAAAGAGCUGUACUUCCUUUGUUGACGACAUUAUCUCUCAAACUUCAAACAUCGGAUGAUGCUGUCUGUUUUUCCCAGCGACCACGGACAUGGAGUGUCGAUGCCAUCCUCGCUACGUGUCCAUCCUUGACCCAUCUUUUCCUUUCUGGUGGUUUCUCAUUCAAUCAUCAGCAUCAAGCAACCUCACUGCCAUAUCACGGUCUCAAGGAAUUAAUGAUCUCUCAUUGUGUGGUAUCGAUGGAGGAUGACUUGGUGGCAUUGACACGUUAUUGCCCACAGCUCCAAUCUCUGAGUUUACAUGACAUCCGGUGCCUACUAAAGAACAAGAUUGAUUUACUGACGAUGGAAGGGAAUAUACCUUUACAAAAUGCUGGAUUAUUAUUUCAUUUGACGUUAAAUAUAAAUCUGUCUUUGGAUUACCUUGGCCUGACCUAUCUUUGGUAUGAAUGUCAAAGAACACCAUCAAGGCAUUACACAAAAAGAGUGAUCGUGGAUCAAAUCAAGGUGGAGGACAACCAUCAUAAUUCUCUGGUACAACAACAAGAUUAUCUUAAUGCCACAAAAGUAUGUAUUCAUAUCAAAUGUCAAUUUGUGGAUCAUCUACAUAUACAACAAAACAAAUCAUCACAUCAAUAA